AUAGCUGGCACCUUCCUCCCUCAGCCUCCUUAGUCAUUGGAACAGCAGUGUCACUCUGGAGGCUCAGUGCAUGCGCUUGGGACCUUCUGGAAUGUCUCUUCCCUUGGUUUGCUUGAAACCUUUGGUUUUUUCUGUAACAUUUGGAUUAUCUGAACCCUGCCUUGUCCUUGGCCAAAUAUUUCCAUACACCAAGGUUGAGACUUAGAAUCACUUACUGGAAAUAUUCUUUUCCCUCUUAGUGAAGUUCAGGAUACUUAAAUGUAUUGCCUCAUAAUCCAGUCUCCUCCUUGUCACUGUGUAAGGAAUUAAAAGUAGGGAUAUGAUUAGAAAAUUUUUAUGUAAAUGUAGUACCUGCCGAAGCCCUGUUCUAAUAUGACCUGGCCACACACCUGCACUCGGAUUGAAACUGUGCUUUAAGCAUGUCAUUUGAACUGUUUGUCUGCUAGUUUAAGGAUGUUCCUCUAUCCCCACCCCAGUGACACUGCAUAUGCAAUAAAAAACACCAACCUUUGCUUUCUGGUCACACUCACAUAAAUGGAUGUGCUGGACUCACCAACAGAUAGCUCAGGGGGAGGGAUAGCUCAGUGGUUUGAGCAUUGGUCUGCUAAACCCAAGGUUGUGAGUUCAAUCCUUGAGGGGGCCAUUUAGGGAUUGGGUUAAAAAUUGGGGAUUGGUCCUGCUUUGAGCAGGGGAUUGGACUAAUUGAUCUCCUGAGGUCCCUUCCAACCCUGAUAUUCUAUGAUUCACUAGCUACCUUCUUCUCGGGGCUGGUGGCGGUGCAGGGAGAAGAACCGAAGAACCCAGCUUGGUUUCCUAAAAGUCAGACUGAGCAGGUCACUGGAAAAAUUGUGCUGCUGCAAGAUGAGUGAUUGUGCUGUGGAGUCACUGAGCAGGACAAAGAAAGGCCCUUUGGCCGCAGCAGCCUUCCUAGCACAGGGAUUAGAUCAUUAUUCAUGCCAGGGCAUGAAAGUUUGUGGGCUUGCACUAGGGAUACAUUUGGCUUCUUUCUUAUUUUGUUCAUUUCCCCGCCUGCAGUUGCUGUGGGCCCUCCUCUCUCAGGAGGGGGGCAGGACAAAAAUGUCUGCUCAGACAGUGGCACUUGAAGCUGACAGACAUGUCUAGCCAGCUCAGCUGCUGGGCCAAUGUGCCCAUCUUUGGGUUGCUCUCCGAUUGCCAGACUGCCUCUUUCUGGCUGUGCCUAAAGAUAGACCCAGCCCAUCUCUCUCUCCUUCCAGCCUCUCUCUGCAGCAGGCUUUGCACAGCAACAUGGCGGAGCAAUGUAAUUAAUCAGCGCAGGGACAGUGAUCUGUGCACAGACCCUUUGCACCACAGGGCAGGAGUUACAAUUGCUGUGUUCGAGCCUUGGAAAUGGCUUUGCUGUGUUACAACAAGGGCUGUGGGCAAAGAUUUGAUGACGAUAAGAACUCUGAGGAUUCCUGUGUGUACCACCCAGGUGUUCCAAUAUUCCAUGAUGCCCUGAAGGGCUGGUCUUGUUGCAAGAAACGAACCACAGACUUCUCAGAAUUUCUCUCUAUAAAGGGCUGCAUGAAGGGGUGUCACAGCAAUGAGAAGCCCCCCGAGCCCUUCCGGCAAGAGGAUACCUCAAACAAGCUGAAGACCAAGCCAAGCACAGAACUCAUCAUCCAAAGCCCAAAAUCAGCUGAGAAGAUGCAACGUGAAAGGCCAAAUUCUGAUGAGCCAAGACAGCCACUGCUGAUUAAAGUGUCCAGGUCUCUGGAGCAGACCCUGGAGAAGCUGAAGCUGGCCUCCAAAAACCAAUGCCCAGAGAGAGGUUCCUUGUGCAGGGCAGAGGCCAUUCCGGAAGUCAGAACUGGCACCACCUGUAAGAACUUAGGCUGUAUGGCGGUCUACAAGGGGGCAGAGAAUGAGACGGAGGCUUGUAUUUUUCACCCAGGAGUUCCUGUCUUCCAUGAGGGUAUGAAGUACUGGAGUUGCUGUGGCAUUAAAACUACAGACUUCAGUGCGUUUCUGGAGCAAGAGGGCUGUAGCACUGGGAAACACAGAUGGCUAAAGAAGGAGGAUAAGAAGUUGGUUUCUUGUCGACAAGACUGGCAUCAAACCAGCAGCCAAGUGGUGGUGACAAUUUAUGCCAAGAAUCCUCUGCCAGCACUCAGCUCUGUGAUGGCCAAUCGCACUGUGAUUGAUGUCCAUAUCAUGUUCGAAGGUGACAAGGUUUUCCAGGCAAAGCUGGAUCUCUGGGGGAUCAUUGAUGUACAGAAGAGCUUUGUAAACAUGGUACCCACGAAGGUGGAAAUUGCCCUGCAAAAGACCAGCCCCCUGACCUGGGCCAAACUGGAGCAUCUCCAGAGCAGCUCUCAGCCCAGACAAGACCAGACUGAGAAAGAUCCAAUGGAUGCUGAGGACCCCGAAGGAGCGCAAUGGGAGGAGUCAGAUGACAGCUUGAGCUGGUCAGAGGAGGGAGAUGAGGAGGAGGAGGAAGGAGCAGUAAGCAAAUGACAUUCAUGUAGCAUCUUCAAAGAGAGAUUGAAGCCUCUUUCUUUCAAAGACAAGCACGUGGGACCCCAGAACCAUCUGCAGGUGAGCAGAUUGAAUUAUCUGGAGACCGAGGGCCAGCUCUGAAUUUAAAGCUGCUAGAGACACUGCCUCCCAACUGUAAAGAAUUCAGCUCACCUAUGUCUCUCUGGCAUUGUCUACACUGGGAUAUUUCUUGUACACUUGGGAGGAAGUUAAAUAGCAGCUACUAAAGUUUGACAUUUUUAAAUCAGUAUCCAGGUGUUUUAAAAGAACUGGCUGAGGACCUCACUGGACUGUUAAUGUUAAUUUUCAUUAAGUCCUGAAACACUGGGGAAGUUCCAAAACACUGGAAGAAAACUAAUGUUGUGCCAGUAUCCACAAGGGUAAACCAUAUAACCUGGGUAAUUAUGGGCCUGCCAGUAUGACAUUGAUCCCAGGAAAGAUAAGGGAACGGCUGAUAUGGGACUUUAUUAAUAAAAAAUUAAAGGAGAGUAAUAUAAUUAAUGCCAAUCAGCAUGGGUUUAUG